CACGCCGGACUAUUCUUUGUAAUGGCAAGAAAAUAAUGAAACGUCUUGUUCGCUCCCGCCAUGUUAACCCGCGCAAAUUAAAUUUACACCCUAGUCCUUCCACCCUGUAAAAUCAUCCAAGGUGAUGACCAACAGUAGUUUUAUUUUUAAGAUCGUCUACGUUCCUCCACUGACUAGCUAGGCAUAAAACGACUUACCAACCAUCAUGGUGAUUAAAAUUGGAAUCAACGGGUUUGGACGUAUAGGGCGUCUGGCCCUAAGAGCUGUUCUUCGAAACGGGGCCUCCAACGUCCAGGUAGUGGCAAUCAAUGAUCCUUAUAUUGAACUUGAACACAUGGCCUAUCUGUUCAGGUAUGAUUCUACGCAUGGAAGAUUUAAAGGCGAUAUACGCUACGACAAAUCAGCAAACGUCCUUACCGUUAAUGGAGAUAGUAUCAAAGUAUUCUCACAAGACAAGCCUUCUGAGAUCAAAUGGGGUGACGCUGGAGUAGAAUACGUGAUAGAGGCUUCAGGUAAAUUCACAUCAUCGCAGAAGGCGAAGGCACAUCUACGGGGAGGGGUAAAGAAAGUGGUUAUCACGGCAGCAUCUGAUGAUGCCCCGAUAUUCAUCAUGGGUGUCAACCAGCACAGAUAUGAUACGGAAACCAUGAACAUUGUAAGUAAUGGAUCCUGUACAACCAACUGCCUGGCUCCAUUGGCUAAGGUGAUCAAUGAUAACUUUGGCAUUGAAGAAGGUCUUAUGAUAACUGUACACGGUUACACUGCAACACAGAACAGCGUAGAUGGGACCAGCUCGUCGAAGUGGCCAAAAGGUCGCGGUGCUGCUCAAAACAUCAUCCCAACUUCAACUUGCGCUUCAAAGGGUGUAGGAAAAGUUAUACCAGAACUCGAUGGAAAACUGACCGGGAUGGCUUACCGCGUACCCGUACCAAAUGUUGGGGUUGUUGAUAUGACUGUUAGACUGAAGAACCCCGUUUCCUACGACACCAUCAAACAAACAAUGAAAGCUGCAUCAGAAUCUAAAGAAAUGGCAAGGUAUCUAGGAUACACUGAAGACCAGGUGGUUUCCCAAUAUUUUUGUGGAGACUCCCGGUCGUGCAUUUUUGAUGCUGGAGCUAGUAUCGCUCUUAAUGACAAGUUCGUCAAGCUGGUGUCCUGGUAUGACAAUGAGAUUAGUUACAGUACCCGAGUGAUCGAUCUCAUCGAGUAUAUGGCCUCAAAAUCACGACAAGAUUACAACUGCAACGAUAUCACUCACAUAAGCGACAGGAUAACGUCAUAACGCAUUUGACACUGAUCCAUUUAAAUGGAUACAUUUACCGGAAAGUUUGAAACAUAAGUAUGGAAUAGUUACAGCCUGUACACUGUGGGGGCUAUAUUCUGACGAAAAAUUCAUAUGUGUUCAUAUAGUGUGAUACGGGUGUAUUUACAUGUAUAUACGGCAUUGUGAUUGGUUUUUUUUUGCUGGUUGUAUUAUUUGUAAAAUAAUCUUUGAGUAGAACAACAAUCAUGAUAAUCUCAACGGCUGAUAAUGAAUAACUGCAAUGUAAAAUUGAUUUUGAAAAUUAUCAAAUGGAAAAAAUGGUGAUAAUCAAUAUAUUAACGCAUAAUCGCUGAGAGUAUUUGAUUGUAAAUUCAAUUAAUAGUUAAGUGUUAUAAUGUUGACAUGAUUGUAAUCGAUAAAAUCAUUUUAAUAAAAUCAUGUGUGUGCUUUUCUACCAAAACUUUAUUAAAUCUGAAAAAUGACAAGUCCCCCUGCAUUAAUAUAAGAAAACCUUCAUGUUAUAUAGAUCAAAUUAAUUAAGUAAUUAAAAAGGGUAAAUGUUAAUCAAGCUUUCAUAAGUCUUUUUUUUUGCAGAAAAUGCAAUCGAAUGGGUCUACCUUUUAAAACAAAGCCUUUCCACUUUAGUCUUCGGAAAUAACUCAUAUUGACUUUCUUCGGAACUCGUAUUCCACUUUCUUCUGAAGUAACUCAAAUUUCGUGAUUCUAGUUCUAACCCGUAUUCUGAAGUCAGGGAGCGUUUCAUUAACAUUUCUGUCCGACAAGUUGUCAGACCUGACAACUUUCCUUGA